CACCGGACUGGCUCAGGUUGCGUGGCUCAGGUGCGGCCCGUGAGGUCAGAGCCGCGCGGCGAGGAGAGCCGGUUAAACGGACUCAACAGCCAGGCCUGGUGCAGUCCUGUGAUUGGUCAGCCGGAGGCCAAGCCUUGCCCCUCCAGAAUUAUGCGUAUUUUUUCCAAUCAGAAGCGUUGUGGGGACGCUACUUCGGAGAGGACUUCAAACCUCGGCUCUGCCAUGAACCCCCAGACCUGGUCAAACCUCUCAGGUCUGAAGGUCAUGGGGUCGUUCAAGAAACUGCGCUCUUCUGUGUUCCAAGGCAUCCAGAGCCGAGGCAACGCCACAACAGCCAAUCAGGACACAGAUUAUACGGUGAUAACCAAUGAGGACACAGGGUGCGUUGACCUAUCCAAUGGACAGCAACCUCAGCAGAUGUGUAGAGAGGGUUGCCAGAGUAACGGAGUGUGUGGGGGGGAAUCGAUCUUCGGAAUCUGUUCUGGUGUCCCGGACGAUAAUGAGGAUGAGGAUGAAAAUGAUGAUGAAUUCCAGAGGAACAGCCACUUCUCUCGCAGCAUUCGUCGAGCCUACGGAGCCGGGAGGAUCACUCUGCUGGACACAGGGCGCCACGCCCGGCCUGACGCUCCCCCGAAGUCUCCCAAAGCGUCCGCUCCCUGUCCCUCUCCCUCUCGCCGGCCCCGUCCCGUGAGCACGGUGUUCGCCGGCUCCGAGGUGCACCCUGCGGGCGAAGCGAACAGCGGGGCACUGAGCCGGCUGAGCAAGAGCGCCGAGAACCUGCACGUGCUCAAGGCCCCCUUCAAACGCAAGACCGCCUCGGCACACCUUGCCCACCCCCGCCCACAACGGAACCUAGAACAGGACCUAGAACCCCAACCAGAACUGGGCUCUCCUGAGCGGGGCUGGACUUCCAACAUCAAGCGGACCAACAGCGCGUCAUCGAUGGACGGUGGCGGUGACAGACGCAGCUCGGGCCGCUGGCGUAGCCCCAGCAGGACGCGGGCCCAGAUGCAGCGGCUGGUGGGGAGCCUGACGGACCUGACGUCCAGACAACGUCCCAGCAGCCCCCUGUCGCCCCAGCAGGGUCCGCCCUUGUCGCCCCUCAGCCGGAUCCACGACGACUACUCCCGCCGCACGCCCUGCGUGCCUCCCUCGGACCGCCAGCGCCGGCCGUCGCCUGCCCGCGGCAGAGCCCCGUCCGAGAGGGAGGCCGCUGGUCAGCGAGUCACUGCUGCCGUCGUGGUGGAACACACGCCCUCCAUACACCCUGUUCCUCUUGGCUCGUCGGACCUGACGGGGCUCACUCGCACAGACGACACGAGCGUAGAGCUUCACAGCUCAGCCUUGCAGCUGGCCAAUCAGUCUUUGGCACCACUGACGUCCUCUCCUCUGUCGGGUGCCCGCAGUCCCAGUAAUGCACCUGCAGGGAAUUCUGGGCCAGUGGAGGACCGGAGACCUGGGACAGUUUCACCUCUGCAGCCUUGCCUACAGUCUUCAGAAGAUAAAGCAGAGGACCACUUACAAGGCCAGCUAAAGUGCAUAUGGAAGACCCCAGAGAAAGAUGCGGAUGAACAGGAGUCUGAUGGGUACACGAAGGUUGCAGACGACGCCGCCGAAGCCAGAGCGCUGCUCUCCAGGUGCCAAUCUCAGGGUGAGUCCGUGCCCAGCUCGCCCGCCACGCCACCCCCAACGGAGUCCCCCGCCACCCCUACGGCCGGCACCGACCCUCCCUCUGUAGCGGUGAUCCGGCGCCGCUCGGGACGCAGCAGGCCGCGGCCCUUCUCCGACUACGCCCAGCUGGUGAGCAGGAAGUUCUCCAUCCCCGAGGAGAGAGGGGCAGAGACAUCGCCGGCAUCGCAGUCGGAGACCGCCGCCACCGCCACCACUGAGCCCUCCGACGUCAAUGGUAGCACUGCUGCUGAUGGGGACGGCCAGAGAAGUUGCCACGGCAGCAGUCCGCAGGAUCACCAGUGGAGGCGGCCCAUGUCCGCCAUCGAAGGAAUGGACCUCUUCCCUUCACCGGGCGCUGAAGACGGGGAGGACCUGGACACCCUGCCCUCGCCGAUGACGCGGCCCCCCAUGCCGUCCUACCAGGUGCCCCCCUACAGAGCGGUGUCGGCCCGCCUCCGGCCCUGCAUCCUGUCCCAGAGCACCCCCAUUGGUCUGGACCGCGUCGGCCGCCGCAAGCUGCACCGCGUGCUCAGUGAUGGCCCCUCAGAGGGAUGCUCGGUGCUGGACGACAGCGUGAGUGAGGAGGAUGGCAGCUUUGAUGAGCUCACUGAUGUCACCCCUUUCCUGCAGACCGUGGAGCUCACUGGCCUCAACCAGCUCAUCAGCUCGGGCCACGUGUUGUAUGCGGAGGCCCUGUGGGACCAUGUGACGAUGGAGGAGCAGGAGCUGGCCUUCCAGGCGGGUGACGUGAUCCGCGUGGUGGAGGCCUCCACCAAGGACUGGUGGUGUGGGAGGGUGGGCGACCGAGAGGCCUGGUUCCCUUCCAGCUUCGUCAGAGUGCGUGUAAACCAAGAGGACUCAAGUGGGGGGAGUGUGGAGAGUGUGGAGAUGGCUCUGGACCAGGAGACUGUGUUGCCUAGAGACAAGCGGGCCCAGAGCACGGAGCACCGCGAGCAGAUGAGGACCAACGUCGUCCGGGAGAUCAUGAGCACCGAGCGAGACUACAUCAAACACCUGAGGGACAUCUGUGAUGGAUAUAUCCGCCAGUGUCGCAAGCACCCGGGGAUGUUCACGGACCAGCAGCUCAAAACCAUCUUCAGCAACAUCGAGGACAUCUACAAGUUCCAGAGGAAGUUCCUGAAGGAUCUGGAGAGGAAGUACAACAAGGAGGAGCCCCACCUGAGUGAGAUCGGCUCCUGCUUUCUGCAGCAGGGUGACGGUUUCUCCAUCUACUCGGACUACUGCAACACCCACCCAGUGGCGUGCACGGAGCUGCAGCGCCUGAUGAAGCUCAGCCGCUACAAGCACUUCUUCGAGGCCUGCCGGCUGCUGCAGCAGAUGAUUGACAUCUCGCUGGCCGGCUUCCUGCUCACGCCCGUGCAGAAGAUCUGCAAGUACCCGCUGCAGCUGGGCGAGCUUCUCAAGUACACGCCCAAAGACCACAGUGAUUUCAGAGGCGUGAGCGAUGCAUACGAGGCGAUGAAGAACGUGGCAAGCCUGAUUAACGAGAGGAAGAGGAGGCUGGAGAGCAUCGACACCAUUGCCCAAUGGCAGGUCUCCAUCCUGCGCUGGGAGGGCGAGGACGUACUGGCAUGCAGCUCCGAGCUCAUCCACUCGGGGGAGCUGACCCGUGUGGUGCGCAACGGCAAGACGCAGCAGCGCAGCUUCUUCCUCUUCGACCACCAGCUGGUCUUCUGCAAGAAGGACGUGCUGCGCCGCGACCUGCUGCACUACCGCGGGCGCCUAGAGAUGGACGCCGCCGAGCUCCAGGAUCUGCCGGACGGCCGCGACGCUGAGCUGGGCGGUGUGAGCCUCCGGAACGCGUUCCGGCUGCGGAGCACAGAGACGCAGGAGACGCUGUGCACACUGUGCUGCCGCAGGGCCGAGGACAAACGCCGCUGGCUGGAGGCCUUCGCACGCGAGAGGAGGCGCGUGCAGGAGGACCAGGAGAUGGGAAUGGAGAUCAGCGAAGAACAAUGGAAACAGGCGAUUCUCAAUGCUCAGAAAGCAAAACAAGGCAAAAUAAAAAGUAUGGGCUACUCCGGCCAUCCAGUGCCUACACAGUACCAGCCUCUUCACCCCCUUCACCAGCGUCACGUUACUGUGCCAACCAGCGUUCCACAGCAGCAGGUGUUUGCCUUAGCCGAGCCAAAGCGGAAGCCCGCCCAGCUUUGGCACUCCAUCACUCGACACGCCCUCUUCAAGAAGUAGAACAAAAGCCCCUCCCAUGCCAUGCAUGACUUUUAUGGCGAUGCCCUCUAUAGGAAGUUGAGUGAAAAUUCUCCCACCUCUGGCAUAACCUCACUGGCCACACCCUCUUCAGGAAGUGUGGAAGACAGUGCCAGUGCUCCUGAUAAAGUAUACAUAUAUGAAGAAAUGUCCAUAGGAAGACAUGUUGCCCUACUGAUGUGAUGUCCCGCUGAAGUUUGGCCUAUUGUGGAUUGAAUGUUAUGUUGCUUGAAACACAUGAAAUAUAUGUUUUGUUUUGUGUAAAGUGCCUAUGAUUUGGAAAAAACACAGGAGGCUUUCCUGUCAUGGACCAUAUUAACUAUAUCUAUGUUUGUUUAUGUGUCUUUGUAUGUAUGUAUCUGCCUGCGUAUUUGUGUGCGCAUGAUAGGUGUGCGUGUGCGUGUGUCUGUGUCUGUGUGUGUGUGUGUGUUUUUUUGUUUGUGUGUAUGUAUGUAAGUGCCUGUGACUUGAGGGUGGAGAGAGCACGAAAGUGUUAUGUGAAUCUUGAUUCCCUCCAUUUCACUAAUGUGGUAAACAUGCUGCUCAUAUUGAGAUUCUCCCCUCCCUUCAACACCCCUUAAAAUGCGUUUUAUAUUAAUAACGACAAUGAUGUAUAUUCGGCUUUUAAAUUCCUAUUCGUAUUACUAUUGCCUCUUUUUUUUGUUUUACUCUAUGUCUGUAUAUUUAAGGCUGGAACCUUCUGAAUUUAGACCUCACUUGUGAUGGCAGUAUCGCCUGAUAUGAGCUUUAGAAUGACCAGAUCAGCUAUUCUGCACACUAACACUGUCCACGCUAUGUAAAUAAACUCAUGUACAAAUGUUA